AUGGCAAAGUCGAGCGCAAAACCGCGUACCAACUUAACAGAGGAAGAACUUUAUGAGAUAGAGAAACAAGAGUUUGAAACUGGUCCUCUUUCUGUGCUGACAAAUGCAGUUAAGAACAAUACCCAGGUACUAAUCAAUUGCCGAAACAAUAAAAAACUCUUAGCUAGAGUAAAAGCAUUCGACAGGCAUUGCAAUAUGGUAUUAGAAAAUGUCAAAGAAAUGUGGACUGAAGUGCCUCGGCCAGGCAAAGGUAAAAAGAAGUCCAAACCGGUAAACAAGGAUAGAUUCAUCAGUAAAUUGUUUUUACGUGGUGAUUCCGUUAUUCUUGUUCUUCGCAACCCUCUGGCUACUGCUGCAGCUGCUCCUAGACCAUAA